AGUGUAGGCCACAAAGGAGACCCAAAAGCACAAACUUUCAGCUAAAGUUGAGUAUAUCCCUCGGGUUCAACAAAAGGAAUUUCCUCACCCCCUUUUUAAGUGAUGGUUUUAAAGAAGAGUGAAUCUUGAAACUUCUUGUUCUUAAGUAAACCAGCCAUACAUAGUUCUACUGGUGUAUCUUUGAUACAGAUAAGUAAAAGCUCAGGAAAAUGACAGGGCUUGGCUCAUCAUGUGGAGCAUGCAAGUUCCUGAGGAGAAAGUGUGCAAGCGAAUGUGUUUUUGCCCCAUAUUUUUGCUAUGAUGAGGCUGCAGAUCACUUUGCAGCAGUGCACAAGGUGUUUGGUGCCAGCAAUGUGUCAAAGCUGUUGUUGCACCUACCAAUACAUAACAGAAGGGAUGCUGCCCUCACCGUAGCUUAUGAAGCACUGGCUCGAAUGCGAGACCCCAUUUACGGCUGUGUUGCUCAUAUCUUUGCUCUCCAACAACAGGUUGCUCAUCUACAAGAAGAGAUAGAUUCUCUUGUUAAUCAAAUGGCCAAUCUUCCGGUUGGGAUUCCAAGCUAUGGAAAUCCUCAAGCAACUGCUUAUUCAGACGGAAUGUUACAGUUUACUACACAACAUGGCACCACGGAAUCACCCUGUCACCCGGAUCAACAACUUGCGUUGCCCAUCCACCCAGAGUAUAUAACUGAAAUCCAAACUCUUGAUUGGCAAAUAAAUAAACCAGUUGCAGCUCCCACUUUGUACAGACAGGAAGACCAAAUCUCUUUCUGUAACUUUGAUCCAAAUCCUCCUCAGAGAAACUUUCAAGGGUUGGAAACUGACAGCAUCACUGCAGCAUGGCAAGGUUUAAGCUGGUAGCAAGUUCUAAAUUAUAUAAUAAGCUAAAGCCUAGAGGUCCUGCAAUAUGAAAACUUCAGCUAGGAAUGUCUAACAAAUUUUGCACCAGGCAUGAUGUCAUUUAUGUUAGAUGAUUCUUCUGAUGAAAUGAAUGUAUAUACUUUAGUUUCAUUUCCAACUAAUUAGCCUCUUAGUUCUGAUACAUCUGAUCUCAUGCAUGGAAAGACUUGGGAUCAUACAUAUCCAGGAAAAUAAAGUCAGUCAGAGAUU